AGGAACGGCACAAGUGAUAAGUUCCUAAAUUGGCUUCAAGGGUUUCAUGAUCUCAUAUACAUUGCUAAUCUUUGCACUCAAGACUUUGAAGAAAUAAUGUGAAUGAACAAAAUAAGUUUCAAUUUUACAGUUUAACAAGAAGGAACAAGAAUGGAGCUUCACCCUUUUCUAGACAACAACGUCCGUCCAUCCUCCCACUGGUGGUACGUCCUUCCUGUUGUUGGUGAAAGUCCCUCUAUGAGAGUGGGUCAUUCUGCCACUCUUGUCCCGGCCCUGCAUGCUAAUGAGGGAGAUAAAGUUUUUGUUAUAGGAGGAGCUAACCCAGGGCAGAUUUUCACAGAAGUUCAUAUAUUGGAUCUGAAAGCAAGAACUUGGGAUACACUGGAGGCCACAGGUUUCCGUGGCCGAUAUGAGCAUGCUGCCUUCUGUGUGAGCAACCACCCAGGUCAGCUGUUUGUGUUUGGCGGUGCCACCCAGACCGGCAGUCUGAAUGAUGUACAAAAACUCGACACAGGAUCUGGCACGUGGACUGAUGUUGAGAUAAGGGGCACUCCGCCCUCUCCACGUACUCACCGCAGUUCGGUUGUUAUUGGUUCUAAGGUAUACUUUUACAGCGGUGGCCACAGUGGUCCGGACCCCGUGGGUGACAGACGAGUUCACUGCUUGGACACUGCAACAAUAUCAUGGUCUACCUUAGCCCCAGCAGGAGACUCCCCGAAACCUCGCCAUGGACACGUCAUGGUUGCUUUGAAAAAUAAGAUAUACCUCCAUGGGGGGAUGGCAGGAUCAACAUUCUACGAUGAUCUUUUUAUAUUGGACCUGGAUCGCAACUCAUGGUCCGCUGUGAAAAAGAAGAAAACAUCUCCUCCUGCUCGGGCUGCCCAUGAAGCUGUCAUCAUCAAUAAGGAGCUCAUUCUGUUUGGUGGCAUGAAUAAAGUAGGGGCUCUAGAUGAUGCUUUUAAAUUUAAUACUGGUAAGUAUCAGGAAUAUUAUUAAGAGACCCUUCCUAAGUGUAAAUUUAAUAUUUUUUUAUAUUUAUUUUUUUAGUAAAUCAUAACUGAUGAGGAAUUGGGUGACUUGAAUGAAGUCUGAUGAUAUUUAUUAAUAUUUCAUCUUAAAACUUAAUUCUUAAGUAUAAUUUGUCUUUAGUCCUUUGCCUGUUUCCAAGGCAUUGUAGUUCUUGAAUGACUCUGAUCUUGCAAAUUUUCAGUUUUUAAUUUCUUGAUAUGAUGCAUUUUAUCUCCAAAAAAUGCUGUCAGUCCGUUUGAGUUUUUAUGGGAUCCCCUCCCACCCCCCCUCCCAACCCCCCUCCCAACCCCCUACUCUCCCCCUUUCACCCCGAAAUUGCUUCACUUUUAAAAGUAAAAACAUUUUUCAGAAACCAGCACAUGGUCAAAACUUGAAUUUGAAGGGCCUGCACCGCCAAACCGUUUAGACUUUGCCAUGUGUGCGAUAAAGCUCUCUGUACCUGUUGCGUGUGCCCAAUCACCAGCAGGAACUGAGCCUGAUCUCUCCAACACCAGCAUGCAGGUGAAACAAGUUCUUGAACGAGAGCUGAAGCCAGGCAGUGCAAGUUCAAGGGAUUCUCUCUCUGACAACAGCAGCAGUGAGUUAUUGCAUUUCUGAGCAGCAGUGCCCCCCCACCCCCCAUCAAUCUUGCUUUUUCAUUGUUGUUGCAUGUUGCACUGUUCUUUAUGUGUAUUCAUCCUAAUCAUAAGCAAUGGUAGGUUGUAUAAUCUUUUCGUUUAGUUUUUGUAAUGAUAAUUUAAAAGUAACUUGUUUAAAAAAGAAACUUUCAAUGCUUAUGUGUAACAUAGUAAUGGAUUUUGCUGUCUGAUGCAUCCUUGAAAGCGUUUCACAAUAACCCUGACAUGUGGGAGAAGUCCGCAUGGGAUUGACAAGACUCGUGGCGCUCCUCCCUACUCAAAGGCUCAAUGCAACAUGAGACAAAAAGAACAACUUCUGCAAAGCACAAAGACAAGCCAUAAAAGCCAGAGUUAACUCUGUACCUGGGGUUGUCCCAUCCUCCCCCCUGAAAAAGGAACUGAUCUUGCCAGACUGGGUGCGAUAAACCAUCUGCACACCCCAGUACAGAUUCAGCCCCAGCAGCUAUCUGAUAUUUUAAAUGGUCGUGAUCGAUUUUCAAAUGACAAACUAAAAAUGCAUAUUUACAUGUAUUUCUUUAUUAUGCUCUCUCUAUUUCUAACAUUUUAUUAAUACGAAUAUUAAUGAAGCGUUUUUCUAAACAUUUUAUACAAGUGUGUGUUCACCCAUUUGAAAAUGUAUCCAUUUUUUUCUCAGUUGACGAACCCUUGUAUGCUCUUGAGCCAGAUGGCACACAGGAACAUCACAUCGGCUCAGAACAGUGUCAAGUUGGAGGUGGGGAUUGUAAUGACAAGGCACAGUCCAUUGAAAGGGAGGAAAUCGCUCUCAUUUUAAUCAAUGGUGGAAUGGAUACAGAAGGAGAAAUCUUUGACGACACUCUAGUUUUGUGUUUGUGA